CAUUCAUUCAACUUUCAACCUCCCUACUAGAAAUCUAGAAUCUUCUUCCACUGUUACUCAUCACCAUACCAUUUCUCAAUUCCACCCAAACCCAAACCCUAACCCCCAUUUCUCUCUUUCUCUCCAAUUCAAUCCAUGGCGCGCCUCGGUCCCGGCUUUCGAUUCCACCCCACCGACGAAGAGCUCGUCGUCUUCUACCUCAAGCGCAAGAUCACCGGAAACCUCUCCCGCUACGACCACAUCGCCGUCGUCGACGUCUACAAGCUCGAGCCCUGGGACCUUCCCUCCAUGUCGAAGCUCAAGACCAAGGACUUGGAAUGGUACUUCUUCAGCAUCCUCGACCGCAAGUACGGUAACGGUUCCCGGACCAACCGCGCCACCGAGAAGGGCUACUGGAAGACCACCGGGAAAGACCGCGCCGUCAACCAGGGCGACCGAACCGUCGGAAUGAAGAAAACCCUUGUUUACCACAUCGGCCGGGCCCCGCAUGGCCGUCGGACCAAUUGGGUCAUGCACGAGUAUAAGCUUCUCGAGGAAGAAUUGGCACGUGCUGGGACUGUGCAGGAUAUGUUUGUGCUGUGUAGGAUUUUCGAGAAGAGUGGUGCGGGGCCCAAGAACGGGGCCAAGUAUGGUGCUCCCUUGGACGAGAAGGAGUGGGAUGAGGAAGUCGAGGAGGAGAAGAAGGUGGUUCCUUUGCAGAGUGCUGAGAAUGUUGCUGAGAAUGUCGUGCCUGUGGCUCCCUUGCCGGUUGCCGAUGAUGGGGUUUUCGAUGCUGGGGCUUAUGUUGAAACCGACGACCUUGACAGGGAGCUUGAUUUUAGUGAUAUAAUUGGGACUGUUACUUUUCCGUCGUGGAACUAUCAUUACGGGGAGUGUAGUACCCAAGCUGAACAUUCCCAAGUAUCCACCAAGGAUCAGGAGCCAUUGGCAAGCACUUUUGGAAUUUCUGUGCCUGAAAAUGGCCAGCCUCUUGAUAUGACUGAGCAACAUGUUGUGGUCACAGAUUCAGUGAAAGAUGAACACAGUGGUGAGCCAAGCAAUUUUGAGAAUCUUCUGAAUUUCAAUGAUCCAGGGAAUGAUAUGGAUCUGGAUCUAUUAUACAUGGAUGCCAUGGAGAAGCUUCCGUUGCUUGAUGAGGGUUCAUUCUUGGAAACCAAUGAUCUUGCAGUUGUGAAUGAGGGUGAUCCUAUCAAGGACGAUCCUUCUGGGGAUGCUAUGCUAGAUGAAUAUCUUGCAUUACCUGAUGAUGAUAUUUGCAAGUAUAUAUCUUUUGAUUCUCAGAUUUCUGAGAGUGAAAACUCUAUUCCCAAUCAAGGACCACUCUUCACUCAGCAGAAUGUGGAGGGAGAAAACACUGAUAAUGAUGUUGUAAGUAAACUUUAUUCUGAAGCAAAAACUAGCAAUGAAGCGUCUUCAGUGCAGAAUAAACAGGAGAAAUUAGUACCAGGAAGUACAAAUUCAUUUGUUGAGCAGGCCUAUGGAUGGUUGGCCAACAUACCUGCUGCUCCUGCACAUGCUUUGGAGUUUCCUGCUAAGGAGAUUGCUCUUGGGCUUCAUCCUGCAGCUCAGUCUUCCAGUCCUGCUCAUAUAACUACAGGUAUGAUCAGCAUAACCAACGUUACUUUUAGAGGCAAUGCGAUGGAUUGGACAAUGGGCAAAAAUGGAGGGUUUAACACCGUAGUAUCUACUGGGUUUUCUCAACCGGAUGUGGAUUCUGGCUUGGUCUCUAGCAAGACCGCAUUUGUGUUGUCGCAUGGCUGGAUUUUCUUGACGGGCUUCUCAGUUCUUAUUCUUUCACUAAGUUGCAAGAUUGGAAGCAUCAUGUAUACUGGUAAAUGACUACAAAUAUGGUUUGGCUACUAGAGAAUAAGCUGGAGUCAGUUAAGUAUUGUUUAGUGUUUGAUGGCACUCAUUGAAUGACUAGGAUCCCGUGACUUUGUAGAUUUGUUUUUAUGGUACCUUAGUCAUACUGAUUUAUACAUUCUUCGUAUGCAUCUUUUUAAGAGUGCCAGCAGAUAGAGUAAUACUGUCUUGGAUACGAUUCGUGAUAUAGAUUAUUGUUACAUACUUUCAAUAGUAAUAGAUGCAGAGUUCUGACUGAUAGAGGCUGACCGUUGUUUAUUAAAUUGAUCAUGUAUUUUGGUUCA